CUUUCUCCCCACAUACACACACGAGCCAAUCAGGCGUGCAGUAACAGCCUAUACGUAUGCUGAGCGAGCGCGCGGAGCGGAGAAGCGCCUGGCAGACCUGAGCGCAGCGCGAGGCAGUCAAACCGCUGUCUGUCAUUAGCUGAGUGUGACAGAGGAGCGAGAGAGAGAGAGAGAGAGGGAGGAGGAGUAAACGGUCCCGGUUCAAACAGACACACCGGCCUGAGAGGAGAGAAGAAGAGAGCACCGGACCCCGCGAGAAAGAGAGAGAGAGAGAGAGAGAGAGGGGAGAGAGGGAGAGAGUGGGAGACGUUACUGACACUAGACGAGCCGAAGCGUCGACAUGAGCGGUCAGUUUGAGGAAGAUAUCCACGACCGGGGCGAGAGGAAGAGCAGUAAAUCCCCGACGCUGCUCUCCUCUUACUGCAUAGACAGCAUUCUGGGCCGCCGGAGUCCCUGUAAGGUCAGACUGAUGGGGGCGCAAAGUUUGACGGGUCUGCCUAGCAGAGGGGAGCUGGACAAGACGGCUGACAGGCCAACGAAAGACCCCCUUUCUCUCAGCGCUGACAUGCACCUGCCACCCAAGCUCCGCCGGCUGUGCGGACCCGCGGGAAAGUACCUCCACGAGCACGCAGAGACGCUGGACAGGGAGCGGCUCCUCCUGGAGCAAGCCAGCGACAGCCUCAAAAUCAGCCAGGCGCCGCAGGUGAGCAUCAGCCGCAGCAAGUCGUACCGGGAGAACGCGUCACUGAGCCGGGGAGAGGGCGACCAGAGCCCCGGGGAGGGCUCGGAGGACGGCAGCCUGGGACUGGUAGAGCUCGGCCCGUUGAAGUUCGAGGAGGACGCAGGGAAGGAGGAGAGCUGCGGGGACGCGACUGCUCUGUCCCCGAAGGACGAGGAGAGGGAGAGCUUGAACGCCGGGGAUGGGGACGUGAGGGACGGGGAGGACAGCGUGUGUCUGUCGGCAGGCAGUGACUCGGAGGAAGGGAUGCUGAAACGGAAGCAGAGAAGAUACAGGACUACCUUCACCAGUUACCAGCUGGAGGAGCUGGAGAGGGCUUUCCAGAAGACACACUACCCCGACGUCUUCACCAGAGAAGAGCUCGCAAUGCGUCUGGAUCUCACCGAGGCCCGUGUUCAAGUGUGGUUUCAGAACCGCAGGGCCAAGUGGAGGAAGCGCGAGAAGGCCGGGGUGCAGGCCCACCCGUCAGGCCUGCCGUUCCCAGGCCCCCUGGCAGCGGGACACCCUCUCAGCCACUACCUGGAGGGAGGGCCUUUCCCUCACCACCCCCACCCUGCCCUUGAGUCCGCCUGGACAGCUGCUGCAGCUGCAGCCGCUGCCUUCCCCGGCCUGGCCCCACCACCACACAACGGCUCAGCUCCACCCCUGGCCACCCCACUCGGCCUGGGCACUUUCCUGGGCACGGCUGCCAUGUUUCGCCACCCUGCCUUCAUUGGACCCACUUUUGGCAGGCUCUUCUCCAGUAUGAGUCCCCUGACCAGUGCUUCCACCGCUGCAGCUCUCCUCCGUCAGCCCGCCCCUCCCGUAGAGAACCCCUCCCACGCGGGCCCAGUCCUCCCUGACCCUUCCUCUUCUUCCUCCGCCUCUUCUUCCUCGGCAGACCGCAGGGCCUCCAGUAUCGCUGCACUGCGCCUCAAGGCCAAGGAACACUCGGCUCAGCUCACCCAGCUCAACAUCCUGCCCAACGGAGCCACAGGGAAGGAGGUGUGCUGAACACUCAACACCAACUCUAGGCCUCCCUGUCCCGGGCUUACGUCCCAUUCCAUGACACCCCGUCCCCCCUCCAAAAACCCAUUUAUACCUCUGGAGGCUGAUGUCCUGAUGUCCCUUUGUUCAACCAUCCCUGUUACCUCAUGUUUCCCCAACAAAAUAGCACGACCAAAUUCAAAAGAGCACUGGCUAAAAAAAAGCGUGUUUGUGUGUGUGUGUGUGUCUGGUAAUUAUAGCUAUUGUAACAUUGUUUUACAUACACACACACCUUUCUGAAUGACAAUAACUUUAAUAUUUUCCCCUAAGUUUUUCACUAACAUAAGUACACAGUGCCAGUGGAGGAAUGCUAAUUAAAGCUUAGAAAAUAUUAAGCAUUGUUACAGAUUGAACUACCCACCAGUUUGUAAAAGUUUAAAAUUAGAUUCACCAUAACUACAACAGUAACAUGCUACUUACACAUGAAUUCAUUAGUUAUAAUAAUUCAGUAAUGUAAUAAUAAAUAUAUAAUGAUAAUAAUAUUUAUAAUAAUAAUGAUUGUAUGCAUUGAGCAGGCCCUACUUUUACUUCUGAUACUUUAAGUACAUUUUGCUCAUAAUUUGUCUGCUUUUACUUAAUAUUUUCAAAACAUUACUUUUACUUGUAACAGAGAUUUUUGGCUACUUUUACUUAAUCUGCCGCGCACGCACACACACACAAAGCUGAAGAACCGCAGGGGAACCCAGACUUUUACAAAGGAUUCUUGUGCUACUUCAAAUGUGGACAACUGGAGUGCUCGACAUUAACACUGCUUAAUCUGUAUGCAUUGAUGUGGGCUGAGCCAGUCUGCGUCUAUAAUAAAGGCAAGUUGGAGGAGGUCCCCCCUCAGAA